AUGACAACACAAGUUCCAGCUCUCACAACAACCUUCACACCCGCCAAGUCAUGCUUUCAGUACUACAAGUAUAGAUACACAGGCGAUGAACUCACAUGUCUAGUAGGCGGCACCGGUGCGCCCAGCGCGUGUACCUACAUGCAGCUGGGUCCCUCGGGGAGCGACGCCAACUGCUUCCCUAGCAGCUUGGAGCUCGGUUCGACGUUUUAUUACUCCCCUGGUGUAUGUCCCAGCGGAUAUGAAGUGGCAUGUAGUUCGACUGUCGGCGGCGAAACGAGAGCGACGUGUUGUCCAAGUUCGUUUAGUUGUCAAAAAGAGACGGGUUGGCCUUGGUACAGCACUGAUCUUUGCACCAUCGCGAUUCCACGCACAGUCGAGGUGAUAGUUUCCGAGUCAGUUGUUGGAGGAGAUUGGAAGAGGACUACUGUUAGCGGCGCUGCGGCUAAUGCUAUUGGUAUUCCUAUCCGAUGGCAUUCUUCGGACUUUGCGACCACCACCACUGGAGCAAGGACUUCUGCGACGGGUACUGCAACUGAAACAAUUGCUUCUUCGACCGAGACGUCUUCGAGUGAUUCCUCAUCGGAUACUGGGGGAUUGAGCACCGGAGCCAAGGCAGGCAUUGGUGCUGGCGUUGGAGUUGCAGCUCUUGUUGGAUUUGCUGCAUUGGGUUGGUUUGUGCUCCGGGCGAGGAGGGCUAAGCAGGCAAAUAUUGCUGCUGCAGCUAGGGAAGAAGAGGCGAAGGAACCUCAGAUGCAGCCGCAACUGCACCCAUGGGAGCUUGAUAGUCACGAGGCUAUGAUCCCGGCGGAGCUACCAUCGGAUAGCGUAAGCCAUGCUCGGUAUAAGUGA